AACCAAGUUGUAUUUGUAACACUCAACACUUCGCUUCUCUUUUCUCUUCUCCUCGCUUUCCUUUGCUUGGCUGCGAAAAUGGCUUGCAAUGUCAGCUCAGUUUGCUCUCCACUGGGCGCCAUUACUGGCCCAAAGGUUUACUCUCACUCGUCUCUUUCCCAAUCCAAUCCCAAUUCCCACACAAAAUGCCCUAGUCUUGUCUCUUCUCAAUCGCAAUCUUCCUUCAUUUCCAGCUUCUCCCGUUGCCACCGUGCUAACCUAACUCCUCGUCGAUCCGCCGUUGCACCGGUCCCGAGAGCUCCCAAUUUUCUGGUCGUAAGGAGUGCUAAGCCGGAGCCGCUGAGAGUAAUGAUAUCUGGAGCUCCUGCUUCUGGCAAGGGAACACAAUGUCAUCUCAUCACGCAGAAAUAUAAUUUGGUGCAUAUUGCUGCUGGAGAUCUACUAAGGGCCGAAGUUGCAGCUGGGAGUGAAAAUGGGAGGCGGGCAAGGGAAUGCAUGGAGAAAGGGCAAUUGGUCUCCGAUGAGAUAGUUGUCAUGAUGGUGAAGGAGCGAUUGUUGCAGCCAGAUUCUCAAGAAAAAGGUUGGCUUUUAGAUGGAUAUCCUAGGAGCUCAUCACAAGCACUUGCUCUCAAGGAAUUUGGGAUUGAACCUGAUAUCUUCAUUCUGUUAGAAGUAAGGGUUCCUGAAGAGAUUCUGGUUGAGAGAGUUGUUGGACGGAGGUUGGACCCUGUCACAGGCAAGAUCUACCACUUGAAGUAUUCUCCUCCAGAGACUGAAGAAAUUGCAUCAAGGCUCACUCAACGCUUUGACGAUACAGAAGAGAAGGUGAAGUUGCGAUUGCUCACACAUAAUCAAAAUGUAGAGGCAGUACUCUCCUUGUACGAAGACAUAACAAUUAAGAUCGAUGGCGGUGAUUCGAAGGAGAGUGUGUUUGCACAAAUUGAUGCCACCCUGGAGAAUCUUCUUCAGCAGAGGAAAGAAACUUCAGGAUCCCUUGCAGCAUAGAAGAUUUAAAGUUGUGAACCCUGCAAGCCAAGUCUUCAAAAUAGUUGAGUGACUAUGGAAGACAUACCGGGUUUGCUUAAUAUUUUUCGUUGGUGCUGGUUCCAUGCCGAGUAUACUGGCAACGUGCUUGUACAUAAAUUAGAUUGGAAUGACAAUAAAACAAUUGAUUUUUUUUAACCUCUUUGGUUGCAUUCAAAUUUGAGUGGUGAUAUUAUUUCACCUCAUGUAGUGUAAAACAUUUAUUGUAAGGAGAAAAAAAGAAUAAUGUAAGCACACUAGUAUCAUUUGUGCAAUGUGUGUUUUUUGUGAUUGCUUUA